AUGUUUAUUAUAGAUGAACUGUACAAACAGCAACGCGGGAUCGAAAAUCAGCUCACCGUGGGUUCCAAGGUCCUUUCCUUUCAAAGUGCAUCUGUCACGUUUAAGGACUCACUGUGUUUCCUAUCUGUGCCAUUGGCUUCAUUUCCAUCUGCUUUCAAUCUCACGGAACUAAAAAAAGGCUUCUUUCCUCACAAAUUCAAUUCGCCACAUCACCAAAAUUACGUGGGCUCCAUUCCUGGCAUUGAGUUUUUUGACCCUGAUGGAAUGUCUGGAAAAAAAAAGAAAGAAUUGGAAGAGUGGCACGCUGACCAAGUACGAAGUGGAGUGCAAUAUGACUUUGUCCGGGAGAUGGAGGAGUAUUGCAAGUCGGAUGUGGCUCUCCUACAAGCUGGUUGUGAAGCCUUCACCAAAGAAUUUGAGAGCCACGCCGACUUCAAUCCCUUUGAAAAAUGCAUAACUAUCGCCAGUGCCUGUAAUUUGUAGUGGCACAAGCAUUGCCUCCAAGAAGCUACUAUUGCUGUGGAACCACUCAAAGGAUGGCGAGGAGCCAACGUCAACCAUUCCAUGAAAGCAUUGCAGUGGUUAUACUACAAAGAGCAUUGCAUCCCCAAGCAGGGUGUCUGCCCGGACCAAAUAAGGCAUGUGCGAAACAGGGGUGAGCAGAGUGUAACCACUGCCACAGAUUCUUACUUUGUGGAUGGGUACGAUCCCCAGACCAACAAGGUUUACGAGUUUCACGGAAGUUUCUUUCGCGGUUGUCCCGAAUGCCAUCCCAGAAACCGUCACCCCAAACACGCCGUCAACCCGGAUCGUACCAUGGAAGAACUC